CCCACAUCUGGAAGAGAGAGGAACAGGAAGAGAAGAAACGAAGGAGAAGAAGGAAGGAAGGUGACUAUGGGCAACAGCCUGAGGUGUUGCUUGGCCUGCGUCCUUCCCUGCGGUGCACUUGACGUCGUCCGAGUUGUCCACCUAAAUGGCCAGGUCGAAGAGUACAGCCGCCAAGUCUUUGCAGGCGAGAUCUUGGCGGCGAAUCCUAAUCAUGUCUUGAGCAAGCCGUGCUCUCAAGGUGUUGCUCGCCGGAUUCUGAUACUGUCCCCGGAUUCGGAACUCAAACGAGGUGACAUUUACUUCCUGAUCCCAGCAUCAUCGGUUCCAGAAAAGAGAGAGAAGCUUCAGAAGAAGAAGAAGCAAACUGAGACUGCAGCAAUUGUUAAGCCACCGGAUCAGAAGAACUAUUUAGCCGAGAUCCUCUCGGAGACGAAGUCCGGCCACCGUCGGCAUAGGAGCGGUCGAGUCGGGGUGUGGCGGCCUCAUCUCGAGAGCAUACAUGAGGAUCCAUGAGGCAAUCGAGCACGGCAAUUGAUGACAAUUCCGGGCCGGAGUGUGGCCGGCGGUGAGGCCUAAGAGUGGUUCGAUUGCACGAGGGGUAACGUUUUCUCUAUGGUUGGUCUUCUGUGCAUACUCGUGUAAUAUUUUUUUCCCCCCAGCCGCUUUAUGGAAAUGAGUGGAAGUUGUGGAAUUUUUGUAUUUUAUGACGAUCUUUCCUUUGGAAAGAGAGAUCGAUGGAUCUACUCGAGGGGCAAGAAAAAGAGAGAGAGAGAAGAUUUAAAAAGGUGAAAACCGUUUGUAAUCAUAUGGCGAUGUACUUUAAACAAUGCUAAACUGCACAAAAUAUAUUCAAAGUCGUGCGCUGCGUUUUGCCAUGGUUGGCAAAAGGAGACUACUUGAACAUCACUUCACCUACCAAGUAGUAGACUCAAGAGACCACAACAUGCUGCUCCAUCAAGCUCCCCAUUGUCAUGAUCGACCCAAUGUUGCAAUAGUUCCUGUAGCACUUAAUCAAAUUUUUUCUAACAUGCCUUGGAAAGGGGCUAUUUGCCGCAUGAGUGGCAGCACUAAA